AUGGCUGAACUUGACACGUUCCUUUUCACAUCCGAGUCCGUCAAUGAAGGCCACCCUGAUAAGCUCUGUGACCAGAUAUCUGAUGCAGUGCUUGAUGCAUGCCUUGCUGAAGACCCUGACAGCAAGGUUGCUUGUGAGACCUGCACCAAGACUAACAUGGUCAUGGUCUUUGGUGAGAUCACUACCAAAGCCAAUGUUGACUAUGAGAAGAUUGUCAGGGAUACCUGCCGUGGGAUUGGCUUUGUGUCCAAUGAUGUAGGGCUGGAUGCUGACCACUGCAAGGUGCUGGUCAACAUUGAACAGCAGUCACCUGAUAUUGCACAGGGUGUUCAUGGUCACUUCACCAAGCGUCCUGAGGAGAUUGGUGCUGGCGACCAGGGGCACAUGUUUGGAUAUGCAACUGACGAGACCCCUGAAAUGAUGCCCCUGAGCCAUGUUCUUGCAACCAAGCUUGGUGCUCGCCUAACCGAGGUCCGCAAGAAUGGGACCUGCCCAUGGUUGAGGCCUGAUGGGAAGACCCAGGUGACUGUUGAGUACCAUAACGACAAUGGUGCUGUGGUCCCUAUUCGUGUUCACACUGUGCUCAUCUCUACCCAGCAUGAUGAGACUGUUACCAAUGAUGAAAUUGCUGCUGAUCUGAAGGAACAUGUCAUUAAGCCUGUCAUUCCAGAGCAGUACCUUGAUGAGAAGACCAUUUUCCAUCUCAAUCCAUCAGGUCGCUUUGUCAUUGGUGGACCUCAUGGUGACGCCGGUCUUACUGGCAGGAAGAUCAUCAUUGACACUUAUGGAGGCUGGGGUGCCCACGGUGGUGGUGCUUUCUCUGGCAAGGACCCAACCAAGGUUGACCGCAGUGGAGCCUAUAUUGCAAGGCAGGCGGCCAAGAGCAUUGUGGCCAGUGGUCUUGCCCGCCGUUGCAUUGUCCAAGUGUCGUAUGCCAUUGGUGUGCCUGAACCGCUAUCAGUGUUUGUCGACACAUAUGGGACAGGCAAGAUCCCUGACAAGGAGAUCCUGAAGAUUGUGUUGGAGAACUUUGACUUCAGGCCAGGGAUGAUCAUCAUCGACCUUGACCUGAAGAGAGGUGGGAAUGGCCGUUAUCUCAAGACGGCGGCGUAUGGGCACUUUGGCAGGGAUGACCCGGACUUCACCUGGGAGCUUGUGAAGCCCCUCAAGUGGGAGAAUCCUUCUGCCUGA